CUCUGGGGUGUUUGGCAGACCGGUUCACGCCACAGUGACGGCAGGCGGGGCUGAGAACGAGGAAGUAGAUCCAGACUGUCUGAGUUUUUAUGACCAUAACAAGAGGAGCAGCAGGAUGGACGAGGAGGCAUCACAGCACGAAGAACCGGAGCUCCGGCUGGUGCUACUGGGCCGAGCCGGGGCAGGGCAGAGCUCGGCCGGAGACGCCAUCCUUGGCCGGCCAGCCUUCCAAAGCGGGGAGGACGUUGCUGGUGCCCAGUGUCAGAGGCACAGAGGCCGGGUCGGGGGGCGACAGGUCGUCGUGGUGACCGUUCCAGACUGGUUCAGCCCCCGGGCUCCUCCUCCAGAGGAGGCGCGGGCGCUGGUCUCCUCCUUCGUGGCCCUCUCCUCCCCGGGGCCCCACGCCUUCCUGCUCUGUGUCCCCGGGGACCAGCCCCCGGACGGGGAGGAGCGGGCCCUCGCCGCCCUGGAGCUCAUCCUGGGGCCCCUGGCCGUCACCGCCCACACCCUGGUGCUCUUCACCCGCGGGGAGAAGGAGGAGGAGGAGGAGGAGGAGGAGGUGAAGACGCUGGAGGAGCUCCUCUCCACCCGACGCCAGGACCUCCUGGAACUGGUUGACUCCUGUGGGGGCCGGUACCACGCCCUGAGGGGGGAGGAGGAGGAGAAGCAGAGGAGGAGGAGUGUGCAGGAGCUGCUGAAGAAGGUGCAGCGGGCGCUGGGGGAGAGCGAAGAGGAGUUCUUCACGUGCGCUCUGUACGAGGAGGCGGGGGGGAGGGUGAGGAGGAGGCAGGAGCAGCUUGCCCUGGAGAGGAAGAGAGAGCCAGGAGCAGAGCAGGAGGAGCGCGAGUGGGAGGCGGCGGCGAGGAGCGUGGUGGACCUGGACGUGGACGUGGGCGGGGUUCUGGCCUCCCUGGCCGUCUCCCCCGCCUCCCCCCCUCCCUCCCUGCUGUGGGGGCUGUGGGAGAGGCCUGGUUGGCUCCGCAGGGUCCCCGGGCUGGUCCGGCCCGAGGCGCUGUUGGGGUCCCUGGUGGGGCUCUUCGUCGGGGGGCCCAUCGGGAGGAUGCUGGGGGCCACGGCCGGGUCGGUGGCCACCGAGGUGAAGAGACGGAAAGAGAAAGAGCAGAAAACCAAAUAGGGAGCAGAAAACCAAAGAGAGAGAGAG